UCUGAUUGGCCAGAAUGCCGUAGCCACGCGCUGGACUCUGCUCAGGAGCCGGUCCCGCAGGACUCCAGGCCGCUUCCCAGACUCAGCCGUAUCCGCGCCGGCACCCUCGCUACCAAACAGGAGCAGUGACAGCAGUGUUUAGGAGCCUUCGGUCCUCUAUCAAAAUGGGAUUUCUUUUUUCCAAACAUAUGAAUGAAAAUAUGAAACAGCAACAGGAAUUUAUGCUCAUGAAUGCUCGACUUCAGAUGGAAAGACAAUUAACGAUGCAAAAUGAAAUGAGGGAAAGGCAGAUGGCUAUGCAGAUUGCUUGGACAAGGGAAUUCCUCAAAUAUUUUGGGACGUUUUAUAGCAUUGCUGCUAUUGGUCUCACAGCUGGAGCAAUUAAAAAAAAGAAACCAGGCCUCUUCCUCCCUGUCAUUCCAUUAAGCUUUGUCCUUGCUUAUCAAUAUGACAUGGGCUAUGGAACCCUUCUGCAGAGGAUGAAAGGUGAAGCAGAAAACAUUCUGGAUGAAGAAAAUAGCAAGCUGCAGCUGCCAAGAGGAAUGAUCACUUUUGAAACUGUGGAGAAAUCCAGAAAAGCUCAAAGCAAAUUCUUCAUAGAAAAAUGAAGGUGGCUUCACUAGGCCAUACUCAAAGCACAAAAUAACUUGGUAGAAUCAUAGGGUUUUCUAAUUUUUUAAAUGGUACUGAUAUUUUGGAUAUAAUGUGGUUUGUAAAAAAAAAAAAUUAAAAUCUAUCAUGUCUAAAAUAUUGCCUGCAUUUUACUUCUUUUUGAGGACAAUAUCUCCUUUUUCACAUUUUCCAGGUCCAUGUGCUGAAACCUAUGGUAAUAAUUAAUGUGGUUCAUAAUUUUUCUAGCUGCCAGAUGGAUCUUAAUAAAUUAGUGGCUUCAAAACUGUUUUGAUUAUAUACUUGUCAUUAAAAAAAUCUGAGCACACACUCUCAACAUACAUAGUUGAACAAAUACAUAUAUAUUGAUAAAGCUUAUACAUGUACCCAUGCUGAUAUAUUAUGUACAUUGUAAAACAUAUCUAAAGUAGACAUGUAAAA